AAUUAUCCGAUUAUAUUUAAUCGAACAUUUUUCUCAGAGUAGUUGACUCUACUCAAUUGUACUGCGAAAGUGAGGAUUCCCAUGUAAGGUUUGCCGACCUUUGCUCGACGUGAAACGUAGGGCCGACAGUGACGAUAGCACGGCAAGCCGACUGUCAUUGUUCGAUCGAGACGCGACGUCGGCCCAAGCGAAUCCGUGUAGAUACUGUGCAGAAUGCUCUUUUUACCAUGAUGUCGCUCACAUCGACCUGUGAGUCGAGGUAUCGGGCAACAGUCGACUAUUACGGCUAUCACUAUCCAAUCGCGGCGCGAUAUCGGCCCAAGAGAGAUUAGUCGACUCUUGUCCAAUGCUCACAGGCAGUAAUAGACCGACCACCAUACUUAAGCCCAUCAUUGGAAGAAAAUUUCCGACAAAUCCAACGCGUCAAAAAUUGUAUUUCCUAUUCCUAUUGUCUGUUGCCUGGCAUUGUGUGAUAGGCUUCAGGCGUCUGGAAGGGAUGCGUUGGCACACGCCGCUACCCUCGCUUGAGCCGAUGUAGCGCCGCGGCGCCGUGAUAAUGAUAGUCGGUUGCACGUUGCCGUAAUAUUGCCAAGGUUGUUCUGACGUUGGGCAAAAGUUGGCAAAUCUUACCUGACAAUACAACACCUAAUUGCAACAAAUUAAGAAGUAAUCCAUCACGUAAGACAGUUGGCUCACGAUCCAGAGGUCCCGAGUUCGAGUCCCACUAAGACAAUGCUGCUGAGAAUACGUAUACUGUUUGGCAUCCUAAACGUUAUAUAUGAAAUAUUUCGACGAAUCUUGCUGUUGAUUUACAAGAAGCCGGCAAGUAUAUCACCGAUAACUCAUCCCAUAUACAUGUUGAGCGCCACGCAGCUUGCUAAGAAGAUUAGAGAGAGAGAGAUCACGAGCUUCGACGUGGUGGACGCGUAUAUAAGGCGAAUCCGUGACGUGAAUCCUAUUCUUAAUGCUGUCGUCGACAACCGAUUUAGCAAAGCAAUAUUCGAGGCGAAAGCCUGCGACGAACAAUUGAAAACGGACAAAGUUGACGUCGAGACUUUAGAAAGAGAAAAGCCGCUCUAUGGUGUUCCAAUUAGCAUCAAAGAAUGUUUCGCUUUAAAAGGUUGCAGCUACACAAGUUGCUCUUUGCCUCGCAAAGGGAUGAAAGCAGACCGCGAUGCCACGAUCAUCGAGAUACUCCGAAAUGCCGGCGCGAUACCAUUGUGCGUCACAAACACGCCGGAGAUGUGUAGCGCCUUCGAGAGUACAAAUCUGGUGUACGGCCGCACCUGUAAUCCUUACGACACUAGAUAUUCGCCCGGUGGAUCGUCCGGUGGAGAAGGUGCGUUGCUUGGGGCAGGUGCCUCUGUGAUCGGAAUUGGUUCGGAUUUGGCUGGCUCCGUAAGAUUACCUGCCUUUUUGAACGGCAUUUUUGGCCACAAACCCACGUCCGGUGUUAUUCCAAUUGAUGGACACUCUCCAUAUACCAAAGACAAGUACUUCAACAAAUUACUGACCUUCGGCCCGAUGACUAGAUACGCCGAAGAUCUCGGCUUGCUUAUGAGAGUGAUGACAUUGAGAUGCGAUCACGACCUGCGUUUAGACGUGCCGGUGGACUUGGGGCAAAUAAAGGUUUACUAUCGGCAAAGUUUGGACAAGUCGUUCGGCGUAUUGCCGAUGACUGCGGAAAUUGAGGAAUACGUUCUGAAAGCCGCUAAACAUUUCGCGAAAUAUGGAGUUCGUCCGGAGAAGUUACCAAUAGAGUGGCCAGUGACAAUUACCGAAAUUGUGUUAGUAAGCUUCAUGAAUAUACAGGAGGUCCCUCAAUUACCGGUAGACACGGACAAUCCCAAGCACCAGAAAAAUCCACCGAUCGAACUGCUAAAGGCUCUGUUCGGUCUGUCGCAACACACGAAACAGGCGCUCUUCUUCAAUACGCUGCUUCAGACACAUUUUCCAUUUAGCGAAUCAAAUAUAUCGCAUUACACGAAACAGGCAGAUGAGAUUCGACAGAAGCUGCUGAAUUUGUUGGGGGAUAACGGAGUACUUAUCUACCCGACCUUCCGAACUCACUUUCUCCCGCAGUUAAUGCUAUUCGAAUUGUUGUCCUUUUCGAGCUGUAGUCUUUUCAAUGUUAUCGGAUUUCCUGCUGUACACGUACCGAUGGGACUUAAUCGCGAGGGGAUGCCUGUAGGCGUUCAGGUCAUAGCCUCACCGUAUCAAGACCGUCUUUGCCUGGCGGUUGCGAAAGAACUGGAGAUAGCCUUCGGUGGUUGGGUACCACCAUCGGUGGCGAUAAGUGAAUGAAUGCCUGAAGGCUUUUAAUUUAUUUUGUAAAGAAAUUACUUCAAGUUCGGAGAAGCCGUGUUUGCUACAAAGGCGUACAAGUAAGACAUCUCAUAAUGAUCUGCUUCAGCGACUUCUACAAUAUUUCGAUAUGCUAUUAUGUUUCUAUAUAUUCUAUGUAUUCUAUAUACAUAUUAUAUUUUCAAAUAAAAU